UCUCAGGACAUUCAGCGGAGGUCACAGACCACCAUAACAACAACAGCUCCACUGUCCACACCAGCCCCGAAUCCAGUGCCAUGUCUGCAGGGGAGCUGGUCAGUGUGUCUGUGCGCGCGCUCGUGUGUUUGGUGGCGCUGAUCGGGAACCUGCUGGUGCUGAUUCUGUUGCCACGAUAUCUGAAGGCUAAGAAGGAUAGCUUCACGCUGCGUCUGAUGCUGCACCUGGCUGUGUGUGAUGUGCUGUGUAUGCUGACGGUGCCGGUCUGGAUGUACGGGAUGCAGUACGGCUGGGACUCACUGGGCCUUCGCACCUGCCAGACAGCCUGCUACAUAGCAUUCACCUGCCUCAGCGUCAGCACUAUGGCCGUAUCACUAAUGAGUGUGCACAGGUACGUGCAGGUGUUAUACCGGCGGCAGUGGGAGCGUUUGGGUGUGCGGGGGGAGGGGAUUCUGCUGGCUAGCAUCUGGUUGGCCAGCUGCCUCUCCGCUAUCCCCUCCGUCAGUCUCUACACCCUCCUCCAUGACGACAACAACCAUGGCAACAACAACAGCAGCAGCACACUGACGGUGUGUGAGAAGGCUCCUGUUUCAGAGGGCCAGAAGGUGGGGGUGCUGCUCUAUGAGACUCUGGUGGGUUUUGUAUUUCCACUCAGCACUCUGGUCACCGCAUACUUCAGCCUGCAUCAGAAGGUGAGCCAGAGGACAGGGCAGGGGGAGGCGGCUUGUGGCUCGACGCGGCAAGAUGUGACACGCGGCCUGCGGUUCCUGGUGACGGCCAUCGUGGUUACUUUCUUCCUGGUCUACCUGCCAUACCAUGUGGUGAACGUCAUGACCAUCUUCACCCCCCUGUCCCACCACUCCCAGGCCACCUUCACCACCCCCUCCAGCGACCUCCGAACGACCCUCACCCCCCUGUCCAGUGACCUCCAAAUGACCUUCACCCCCCUCUCCAGCGACCUUCAGAUGACCCCCACCCCACUGCCCUACCGCAGUGCCAGGGUCAUAGUGGAGGCAGUGGGGUUAAUGAACAGCUGCAUUAACCCUUUCCUCUAUGCCUUCACCUACGUCCGACUGCGCAACAGGAGGAGCUCCACCACCCUGAUGACGGGGCUCUUCCGGAGCAACACAGAUGACGGGACACCUUAGACCAGCCUAUACAGGAGCAACACGGAUGACGGGACACCUUAGACCAGCCUAGAGAGGAG